AUAAACUUCGUCUUCCUAGUAACGGAGUUGUUUACAUUCUUCUAAAUUUCUUUAAUUUCUAAAAUAUUAUAAUACUAAUAAGUUAAAGUACUACACUAUGUUCUGGCAGCAAAUUAUCAAUUACAAAAAAAAAUUAAACUGAAACUAUAUUUUUUGAAAAUAAAAAUUUUCUUGCUGGUGAAUAAAUUAUCAAAUGUGGAACCUAAACUGUUUAAACUUAUAACUGACGAAUUUUAUUUACUCUGUAAUAAAAAAUCGUAAUUUCAAGGAAUGGGAAAUUCCCAGAGUCAGACAAAGGAAGAAAAGCUUGCUGCUGAAAUUGCUGCAAAGGAAACGUUGGUUGAAUGUCCAAUUCUAGUGGAUUUUGGUCACGGAACAAUACGACAUCGUCAUGUCGAGGCAUCAUUAGCAUUGCAAAGUGAGGAAAGUCAUAACAAGAAAAUAAAAUUGGGUUAUUUUUACCAUCCAAGGUUGUCUGAUUUUAGUGAAGAUGCAAGUUACACAGGAUCCGAAAUGAAUCGACUAAAAUAUGUAUUUAAAGGUCCUUCAAAAGAUAAAGACCAACACCUUUACUAUAUCUAUGGAACUAAAAUUUCAGAUAAAGAUUAUAGUCUUAUUAAUAAUGGCUAUAAACCCAAGGGUAUAGGUUUUGAUUGGCCGGAAACAUAUCGCCAUGCCAAUCACAGUUAUUAUGAUGCAAAAUUUAUUAAUGAAGAAAAUGAGUCACAAUUUCCUCUUAAUGUUAAAGAUGAUGGCAUUAUUGACGAAGACCUUGAAAUAGUAGAUUUUCAAAAGGAUGUUAUUUUAAUGAGAGUUCUUACAACAGAAAAUGUAAGUGGAAUUAUUGAAAAAAUUUCUUUACACAAGUUAAUUCCGUCCGCCAUGAUUCAUAUUAUGUUGGCUAACAAAGAGUUAAAAUUAACAGAGCCCAUUAUUGAUUUAAUUGAAUGGACAGAAAAGCCUCCUUUGUAUGCACAAAUUCGUUUAAGCUUGACUUAAACAUAGGAAUACUGGUUCAAAUGAUUAUCAUAUGGUAAUAAACUUUAUGCUUGCUCAUUUAAUUGAAGAAUCAAAUGAAUGAUUUUGAUUUUUGAAUGAGUUUGCCAUUCUACAGAAGAAUCAACUUAUUACUUAAACAUGCAGAAACUUUUGAAUUGUUUUUUUGAGUUUCCUGCAAAAUUUCAUAUUUUAAAUAAAUUGCAUUUUCAAA